UGGCUCCUAUCGUCAGUCUCUAUUUAUGCGAAGUGGAGGUGACAGAGUGUAUGGAAUAACUCACGUCAACACGAUACUACGACUAGUUUACUGCCAAUGCAACUGAAUAACUACACACAUAUUGACAACGAUUUGAUAUUGCGGUGGUGCUGUGGAUUUGUCAUAUUUGCUUUUGCAGGUGCCGAGUCAAUUCAUGUAUACUAUGAUGAACUUCGAUGCUCCAAGUCACCGUCCCACAUCGUUUCUCAUAGACGACAUCCUUGUUAGCAAAGCUGCCACACCAAAACACUUUCCAGACUUUUUCACAGCCCAUGCCAGAUCACCGUUAAUAGAAUAUGGUUUCCCGUAUUCGUUGUCACAUUCAUCAGCAACGCAUGGUGCUUUCCUGGCUACGCACCCAGUACAUCCUUACUCAAAAGCUACCAUGGAACACCCGUAUAUUUUGCCGGCACCUCCUGGAUAUAGUUACUCGCCCCUUUUCCAAACUGAUUCACCAGGAAAGCACUGCCGAAGAAGGAAAGCGAGGACGGUGUUUUCCGAUCAACAACUGAACGGUCUUGAAAAAAGAUUCGAAGCUCAAAGAUACCUAUCUACGCCAGAGCGAGUAGAGCUCGCCACUUCGCUAAGUCUCUCAGAAACUCAGGUCAAGACGUGGUUUCAAAACCGAAGAAUGAAACACAAAAAACAACAAAAGAAAAGUACUAGCAACCAAACAAAGGAGGACACAGAAAUGAGCGAAAAUUUGGACGAGGAUAAAGACGACGACGCGUCAUCAGUGAGUAGCUGCGAUGUCAUCGACAGAGAAGACAAAUCGAACGACCUUGCGCAUGCAUUAAUGACGUCAUCAACAUCGGUCGAUGUGAUUCGCAUUGAUUUCGAAAACCAGUCCUCAUGAUUUGAUAGAUGAAAUGACAUUUAAUAUAAUCUUGUAAAUAACACAAAAAUUUUACAUCUUUACCUGAUUGACAAUUUCAGUUUAGAAGUAAACUACAUCAUGUUUUUAGAGUAAUAUAUUUUAUAAUUUUUAAUGUCUGCCAUAUUGGGGUCCGUCUCAGAGUUUUGUAUAGACAAACACCCCAGCGUAUUUAUGAGAAACAUGUUUUGAAAUGUUUAUUCGGGUGUGACACAGUGUAUUGGAGUGUCACGGCUGGAAAAGCAACUUUGUCUUGUUCUUGUACCUAACAAAGAAUGGAAACGAAAUGCAUUACGCAAUGAGAAGAAGAAACAUUACGAGGCAAUAAGCUAAUUAACAAUCCACCAUAACAUGGACUUUUGUUUUAAUAUUUCUCUAUGUUGAAGCUCCUAUCAAGACAUUGAGGUUUCCAUGGAAACGGCUACGUCACGCGAUUUUGUUCUUCAGUGAAACAAUGUGACAACUUGACAAUGAAAGCGAUAAUGAUUUUCUCUCAGGCUGAAGAACCACAUCAAAUUUCAUAAUUAUAUCUAUUUAAAUUUACCGGUAAUGUCCAAUUAAUUCUUCGAAAGUAUUAUGUAUGACACGCCACCAUCUUAUUAGCACACAUACUUAUUGUUUGAUGUCGGUCACUACGUCACAUCCGUUGUGUAUCGCAAUGGGUAAGGUAAAUGAGAUUUAUAUUGUACAUAAUUCGUGUUAUUACAUACAAUACUUUUAUUGUGAUAGCUUUGACUUGUUUUUUUUCUGUAUAACUAUCAGUGAAUAGUCAGCUCUUUGCGACAAUAAAUUAAAUUAUUUUA